CGCUUCAAAGUUUUCAUUUUUGGAAAAUUUACGAUUUAACGUUAAAGUGGAGCAAAACAAAAAAAGCCUUAUAUACUCGCUGGUACAUAUACGUAUGUACUACUUAAAAGAAUGGAAACUUUGAACACGACCAAAAUCCCACUAAGUAAGUGUACGCCCAGUUCAGUUCGGUUUGGGUACCGGGAAUAUCCUCCGAGGUUCCAGGUUAGCCCGGGUCCUCCAUGCUCUCCAUGUUCUCCUGGCUCUCCGACAGGGUUCAGCUGCACCAGGUGUGCCCGUGCCCGGGUGUCUUCCACCUUUCGGUUUCCAGCCCCGAAACCGGAAUCUACGAUUGAAUUUCAGACAGUAUACGGCAUCCAGGCACCCAGGCACCCAACCACCCAAACCACCAUCCGGCGACCAAGGAAAACGCAAAGGCUUUUGCAAUUUUUAUGUGCAAUUUUUUACAUGAGAACCAAAGGCGGUACGAAGUGUCGCUUGUGGCUCGUUAAGGUUAAGGGGUGAAGGGUGUUUUUUUUCCUAUUUUUUGGGUGGUGCGGACUAGCUGUUGGGCUGCCACUGAUAACCGUGGAGUGGAUUAGUCUUUGGAUAUCAUUUGCAGCGUGAUCGUAGUACCCAUUUCCAAAAGAUUCACUAUAUGUGAAAAUUCAUAUAUUCCUUAAAGUAUUUUUAUAACAAUAAAAAAAGCAUCUUUAGUGUCCUUUUUAUAACU